AUGGUAGCUUCCCCGGCUUCUCCCUCAGCAUCCCCUCCCUCUUCCAUGGCCGGCUCUCGGAGGCAACGAGCGGCCGACGGUGGCAACUCAACGGCCACCGCAGGCGGCGCGGGCCCAGUAGGCGCCGCGGGCCUGGCUGCUGGCGCGCCACCGCCGGCCACUCGCAGCGCCGCAGGGCGAUGGUUGCGGAGGAGGUCGCGGUGGGAGGAGGAGGCUGCGGUCGAGUGGUACCGGGCGCGGUGGGCUACAGAGGCGCGCGAGGUGGAGGCGCGGGCGAGCCACCUAGCUGCGGUGCAGGCGGUGUCAGUGCGCGCCGCGGAGGCGGAGCAGCAAGCCGUGGCUGUGGCGGAGGCUGCAGCGGUCGCCGCUGCCGCUCAGCGGAGGGCUGCGGAGGCAGCGGAGGGGGCCAGGGCGACGCAUGAGGCCCUGGCAGCGUUGGAGGUGGAGGCACGGCGUGGAGGUCGGUCUGAGGCUCACGUCGCCGGCACCGAGGUGAAGGGCGAUCGUCCCGGGCCGCAGGACGGCCAGCAGCAGGUGCUCGCGGAGGAGCGGCAGCGGGAUGUGGAUGUGGACCAGUGGGUCCAGGACCCGCGUCAUCAAGGCUCUGUCCACGAUUCCAACCUUGACUCCGACUACGACUCUGACCUUGACUUCGAGCUCCGACCCCCGAGGGUCGUGAAGACCAUCAUCCGUGAGUCCGUCGGCAACACGUAG